AUGGACCUAAGAAUAAAUCGUCCAUCUUCGCCAAGGCAAUUUUUUGAACGCCUUUAUGGGCAUUUGGAAAAUACAACAACUCAUUCGAAAAAUUUUCAUGAAAAUUCUUCAUUACAAAGUGAAAAUAGUGUAUCUCCAAUUAAUGAAGAUGAAAGGCAAUAUGAUAUCGAGCGGAUUUAUAAUUUUAAUCAAAAUCAUUUUGAAGGAAUUGGUUUUAAUUCGAAUUCUGGAACAACUAAUUUUCAAAUAUUUCCAAAUCAGAAAGCAUUUCCAACUUUUCCAGAAGGACAUUUUCCCGCCGGACUUUCAGCAUUUCUCGCAAGACGUCGCCGAAAAGAGUCCCGUCCAAGGCGCCAGCGUACAACCUUUAGUAGUGAACAAACUUUAAGACUUGAAGUUGAAUUUCAUAGAAAUGAAUAUAUAUCAAGAAGCCGAAGAUACGAAUUGGCUGAAAGAUUACACUUAACAGAAACUCAAAUAAAAAUUUGGUUUCAAAAUCGAAGAGCAAAAGACAAAAGAAUAGAAAAAGCUCAUAUUGAUCAACAAUACAGAAAUUUUGUGGUGGCAAAUGGCUUUAUGACAUCUAUUAUAACACCUAGUAGUUGUUACCCACCGAUAGCAUUACCCAAUUUGCAGCAAUUUAGUUCUACCAAUAACAACUUUGCAACUAAUAAUUUCAAUGCUGUUAAUGGAGUGUUGUUAGAAAAGCAUUCUACACCAUUAGUAUCCGGAAAUAAAACUCUUCAAGAAAAACCUGAUGAUGUCAACCGCAUAAAUAACACCCCAUCAAUUGGUAAUUGUACAAAUAGUUUAUUUAGCAAUCCAAAUCUUUUCGAAUGUGGAUUCGAAAAAGGAGUAUCAAAUGACGUUAGUUACAAUGAAAUUGACGGUUAUUAUAAAAGCUCUCAAGACCAAGUGAAUAUAUGCUAAUUUGUUUGAUUUGUUAAAAUUUUUAGCUAGCUACAUUUAAAUAUUAUAUACAAGUGUACGCCUUUGUGUAUAUACAUUGCAUUGUCAUUUGCCUUUAAAUAUAAAUAAAAUUUGUAUUGUAUCAUGAAUCUAAUAAAGUGUCAUGUAUUGUAUUAUGUAUUUCAAGUAACUAUCAUUAAAGUAUUAAAAAAGUUUGGCGUACAGAUGUAAGAAACCAGAUUUGAUUUUUCACAAUGGAAAUAAUAAAUAAGAAUAAUUGCUUUUCAUUUAUUCUCUUUUUCUAAUUUUAUACAGAAUUACAAUGUUAUAAGUUAAAUGACUGGAUGAAAAGAUGUGUUGACAUAUAAAUUAGUAUAUUCAUAUUUUAAAAUUUAACUUUUCCAUAAAAUUAGUUUAAACCGAAUAAAAAUGAGUAUGCAUACUUCAAAGUCUUUAAUAAUUGUUUCUUCGAAUUUCAAGUUUUAGCUUAAA